UCCUCGCUCACAUUUGCUCAGAUUUGCGUGCAUUUUCCCGAGCGCCGGGGUCCAGGAGUGCUUAUCAUGAAACUUCAGCACUGUGUAACGCGCCUAGCAUGACAUUCCCGUUAACGGGUCUCUAAAGUUCCCACCCCAGUCGCUUUGACUUCUGUCUGACUUGGUGGUUGGAUUGUGUGGCGCGUGAGCCCAGCCUCGCGGCGCAGUGACAUUAUUGUAGCGAGCGUUUGGUCUCCAAGGAGCUUCUGGACUGAGUUUGGUGUGUUCCUGCAGUAGCUGGUGAGAUUCACACAUAAACCAACGACGUCCUGCUUGUACGAUCAGCUUUCAGCUGGAAGAGCUGAAGUAUGCUGCAUUGCCGGGUGCCCAUGCCCGCCGUGGUUACCUUGUUGCUACUGCAGAUUGUUGCCGUAGUGUUGUUUCUGGGAUGGCACGGCCCGCUCGUCCCCCAGGACGUCUCUCCAACACAGGGUAAGGUGCAUGUGCUCUUGCUGUCGUCAUGGCGAUCGGGCUCCUCGUUCCUGGGGCAGGUGUUCAGCCAGCACCCGUCUGUGUUCUACCUGAUGGAGCCGGCCUGGCACGUAUGGACGGCGCUGAAGCGUCCGGGCGCUCGCGGCCUGCGCAUGGCCGUCCGCGACCUGGUGCGCAGCGUCUUCCAGUGCGAUCUGUCCGUCAUGGACGCCUACCUGCCCCCCCGGCACAACGUCUCGCAGGUGUUCAUGUGGAGCCACAGCCGUGCUCUCUGCUCGCCGCCCGCGUGCACACUCACGCCCCGUGACGGCUUCAGCUACGAGCCCGACUGCAAGCUGAACUGUGACAGAGUAGGCCUGCAGGGGGCACAGCAGGCCUGCCGCACCUACAGUCACGUUGUGCUGAAGGAGGUGCGCUUCUUCGAGCUGGAGUCCCUGUACCCACUGCUGCGGGACCCCACGCUGGACCUGCGCAUCAUCCACCUGGUGCGGGACCCGCGGGCGGUGCUGCGGUCUCGGGAGCAGGCCGCAAAGGCCCUGGCGCAGGACAGCGCGUUGGUGCUGGAGAAGGAUGGCGUCCUGCCCAGCGACGCCCAGCUGCGUGUCAUGCAGGAAGUGUGUCGCAGUCACAUGCGCAUCCACGAGACGGCCAUGCUCAAGGCGCCCGACUUUCUGCAAGGGCGCUACAAACUUGUACGCUACGAGGACCUGGUACAUGACCCCCUGGCCCAGAUUGAAGCCAUGUUUGACUUUGUGGGUCUGGAGAUGAUGGAGACGCUACAGGAAUGGAUUUACCGCAUUACCCACGGAAAGGGCAAAGGGACAGAGAAAGAAGCCUUCAAAAUCACGUCGCGCAAUGCUGAGGAUGUGUCCUUGGCCUGGAGGACCACCUUACCCUUUCAAAAAGUCAAACAAAUCCAGGAAGUCUGCAAGGGAGCCAUGACGCUGCUGGGCUACCGUCCGGUGCAGAGUGAGAGGGAGCAGCGGCAGCUGGACUUGGACCUGUACACGGGUCGCGAGCACUAUCGCUUCUCCUGGAUUCCCUCCAAAAGCUCCAAAUCCAGCAAAAGCUGAACUUGGGGAUACCCCGGUGCAUCUGUAAAUGAGACUGGAUUUGAGCCCAAUUUUUAAGAACUGUCCAGUACGCAACUCUUUACUGAGGGCGAGAUUCUAAAGCUUUGGUUGAUAAUCUCAAACUAUUUGGGACCCAUGACAGCACAGUCCUUUAUCACCUUCUCCCCUACGUUCACCCCCACGUUCACCCCCACCUUCACCCCUGCAUUCUCCCCUGUUCACCCCCAUGUUCACCCCUGCAUUGUCCCCUACGUUCACCCCUGUAUUCACCCCUGCGUUCUCCCAUACAUUCACCCUUACGUUCACCCGUGUUCAGCCCUGCGUUCACCUCUGCGUUCACCCCUACGUUCACCCUUGCGUUCACCCCCACGUUCACCCCUACAUUCACCUGCGUUCACCCCUACAUUCACCUGCGUUCACCCCUGCGUUCACCCCUACGUUCA